AUGCCCCCCAAGAGAGGCAUUGUCAAGUCCGGAAAUGCCGGUAACUCAUCCAAAGCAUCGAAGCCUCCUCUGGUACCUGCACCAGCGUCCGAAGAGAAACCUCUCUUUCCACCAGGCUCAAAGUAUCCCUUGAGUUUGCUACACGAGAGAUGUCAGAAAAAUGGAUGGGAGAAGCCCAUUGUCGAUACGCGAAGGCAGGGAGAUGGCUACUCAUUCUCUGUCCUGCUGAGCAGAGUCAACAAGAAGGGCUCAGAGCGGGAGUCGGUCCGCCUGGAGCCCCAUCCACCUUUUGCUAUGCCUUCGGCUCUGGAGGCGCGCCAUUGGGGCGCGACGUACGCACUUUAUAGGUUUUGCAACGGCAUACAACUGGAUCGCGUCCUACCCCCCGGUCCACGUGAGUACUGGAAACAGUUGGCGGCCGAGCACAAGGCAGCCCCGGCGCACCAAAGCUGGAUGUAUGACGCUGAUCCGUUUGCCGCUCGUAAGGCGGUGAACGAAAGGCAGGAGAAGGCCGCCCUGAAGAAGGAAGAAGCCAGCCGGCCCGAGGGGAGUUCCAAGCCUGCUCAACAGUCUUCAGACUUUGCCAACGCUCCCGAAGCGAAGAUGGCUAGCACUCUCAGAGACUUUGUCGAAGACGCUGUCAAGAAGGGACUCGCCAUGUACCCCGAUGCUGGGGAUGCAGAACCGAACCAUAUCAAGUCAGAGGACCACUCACGCCUCGCGAAGGAAUUGGGACUUCUCGGCUUCACUCUUGUGCAAGCUCGGAAAGCGAUCACAGCUCUCUCUCAGGCUUCUGCUUUGACCUCUAGUCUCCUUGGACGCCUUCCCCCUCUGCAGGCUUGCAUCGAGUAUCUUAUCUUGCAAGUUCCGGAGUGCGACCUGCCGCAGCGCUUCCUUCCUUCCGUCAAUUCUUCCAACCCCUUCAUUACUGGCGCACACGCCGGUACAGAUGAUUUGAAGAAGCGUUGGGCAGAAGACAAGGCGAUCAAGGAAUGCGGUUGGCCUGCCCACGUCGUGAGGGAGUGCACCUCUGACCAGGCCCUCACCGAAGAUUGGGGGAAGCUCAUUUUUUCUCUUAACUGCAGACUUGUUGGUGUGGACUGGAGGGAGGCUGCGACGAUCGAGCCCCAAGACCUUGAAGUCAUUGAUCAAGAGGAAAUAGAGGCCCUCAGCGGGCGAGCCGGGAUCAAUAGAGAACUUAUGAUCCCGCUCCCUGUGGCGCCACUGACCCUUCAUAUCAUUGUCCCCGAGGAUCGCAUACUCCCAGCUGCUGGCACAUUCCCUCCGAUGUACCUUACAUCGUCAACCGUUGCAGCUUAUGUCCGCCUACAUGUACUCUCCAAGCUCGUCAUGGCGCUCAAGACGGGUAACCUCCGCGACCCGGGCGAGACGGUCAUCAUGGCGAUCAUGCGUCAUGUUGAAGAAGAAUGGGCGGUAAUCCAGGAUGAUGGUCCUCCGGACAUUUCGGUGGUUAUGCGGCAUCUCCUGCCCAAGGCCCAGCCAUCUACAGCCCAAGGGUCGACUGUCGCGACAGAUGAGACAACGUCCGCAUCAUCGAAAAGCAGACGUCCUCGGGCAAUUCGACGGGACGACCGUACGGGCGAGCGUGUAAAGCAAGAAUAUGAGCAGCUCGUUCGACAGGCAGAAUACGCGAAAAUGCUGACAACAAGGGAACGACUCCCGGCCUUCGCGUCAAGGAGACAGUUCCUCGACAUUCUGAAGGCCAACCGUUGCGUUGUCGUCGUUGGCGAAACUGGCUGCGGCAAGACCACACAGCUACCCCAAUUUGUCCUCGACGAGCUCAUUGCAACAGGGCAAGGGGCAAAGGCCUCAAUCAUUGUCACCCAGCCGCGCAGGCUGUCCGCAAUCGGGGUCGCUGCCCGAGUUUCUGCGGAGCGUCUCGAGGAUGGUUCAGUCGGCUACGCUAUUCGUGGAGAGUCCAAGCAAGGGUCACAUACCAAGAUCCUCUUCUGUACGACCGGGGUCGUUCUCCGGAGACUGGGCUCGGGUGACAAGCUGGACGACGUGACCCACGUCGUCGUUGACGAGGUCCAUGAGCGUUCUGUUGACGGGGACUUCCUACUGCUCGAAUUGCGCGAGCUGCUGAAGACCCAUCCUACUCUCAAGGUUAUCCUUAUGUCGGCGACUAUCAACCACGAAGUCUUCGUGAAGUACUUCCACAAUGCGCCCCUUCUGACUAUACCCGGUUUCACUCAUCCGGUUGAAGACAAGUAUCUGGAGGAUUUCUUCCCUCAGCUGGAGUACCGCCCGUCUGGGCCCAAGUCAUCCAGGCAAGCGAGAGACAGGGACGACGAGGCGGGCCAAGAGCUCGAUAGCGCCGGCCUCGACGACGAGUCUCAGAUGGCCAUUCGAGCCAUCAUGCGCUCGGAGUCCUUUGACUAUGACCUCAUUGCUGCAACGGUAAAUCAUAUUGUAGGUACAGCAAAGAAGCGAGGCGGGAUUUUGAUCUUUCUGUCUGGUGUGCAAGAGAUCCGACAGUGCAUGGAUCGGCUGCGGACUGUACCCAACUCGAAGAUCUUACCACUUCAUGCAAACUUAACAAACGACGAGCAGCGACGUGUAUUCGCUUCGACACCAGAGUGGAAGAUCAUUGUGUCGACAAAUGUGGCGGAGACUUCGGUGACAAUCGACGAUGUCAUCUAUGUCAUUGACGGUGGCAAAGUCAAAGAAACCCACUACGACGCAGAAGCAGGCUUGACCAGGCUCACCCAGCAAUGGGUCACUCGCGCGGCUGCGAAGCAGCGCCGUGGACGUGCCGGACGCACCCAGCCCGGCAUCUGCUACAAGCUCUACACUCGCGCCCAGGAGAAACGCAUGGCGCCAUUCCCUAUCCCGGAGAUCAAGCGUGUACCUCUGGAAAGUAUCUCAUUGACGCUCAAGGUCGUCCAUAACGAUGUGAAGACCUUCCUUUCUCGUGCCAUCGAUCCGCCGGAAAUUGCUGCCGUCGAUAAGGCACUCGAGGUCUUGGAGGAGCUCGCAGCGAUUGGCUCAGAUGGUGAGCUGACGGCGCUUGGGCGACAUAUGGCAAUCCUACCUAUGGAUCUUCGCUUAGGAAAGAUGCUCAUCCUUGGGACAGUGUUCCGUUGCCUCGGCCCUGUCUUGACGGUUGCUGCGUGCCUCUCAUCUAAACCUUUGUUCCUCAGCCCGAUGGAUAAGAGAGAAGAGGCGAAGCAAGCUCGCGCGCGCUUCGCGACCGACAACAGCGACUUGCUCACAGACGUGAAUGCCUACGAGGAGUGCGUGAACUUACGGAACAAAGGAGAGUCACCAGGUAUCAUCCGCGUGUUCUGCGAACAAAACUUCAUCUCCAUCUCGACGAUCCGAGACAUUACUUCACUCCGUCAAGACUUCAUGUUUUCCCUCUCGACCCUAGGUUUCGUGCCCGAACAGUCCAAGCCCAAGGAUGAGGCGCUCAACACGAACAGCACCAACGUCAAUCUCGUGAAGGCGGUCAUUCUCGGCGGCUUUUGGUCCCGCGUUGCGCGUGUUCACCUACCCAAGUCCGCUAUCAAAUUCGGUCGCGUGCAAGCUGGAACGAUACAACGGGAAAACACCGCAAAGGAGUUCAAGAUGUACGACUUGAAGGAGGGCCGCGUAUUCCUGCAUCCUGCCUCUGUCCUGUUCAACGCGUCCGCGUGGAAAUCGCCGUUCUUGACCUAUUUUCAGAAGCAGAUGACAAGCAAGGUAUUCUUGAGGGAUGCAACAGAAGUACCGAUCUAUGCUUUGUUGUUGUUUGGUGGCCCUAUCAUGGUCAAUCACAUCGGAGGCGAAUUGACGAUCGGUACGAAGGAUUGUAUCAUCAAGCUCAAGGCGUGGCCGCGUAUUGGUGUACUUGCCAAUCAUCUACGUCGCCUCCUGGAUGCUCAGCUGUUGCAGUGCAUCGAGGAGGGAACAUUAUUAGGCCUUAGCUCAGGAGAUAACCCUGUAUUACAAGCGAUUCAGGCACUUUUGGCGGGUGACGGGUUAUCGGUCUAA